AUGCCCACGUUUCCCAUGCGAGCUGAGAAGCUGCCGGAUCAGAGAUGGACUUCUCCAAGGGAGUGCUCGAAAGUCCUUGUCCAUCUCCGUCGAAAAAAGUGCUGGUCGGACGCAUUGCAUCUCUUCGAUCAAGCGCAGAAACGCACAGCUGAGCUGGACACAGUUUGCUACAAUGUAGUAUUGUCAAUUUUUCGGGACAUUCAAUGGUGGGAGCAAGCCCUUGUCACUUUUGAGCAGAUGCAGCAGAGCGGACCCUUGCCCAGUGUGGUCUCUUACAGUACAGCAGUCAGUGCGUGUGAAACCUCGACUUGCUGGCAAGUGGCCAUCGACCUUUUACAAAGUGCUUGCGAGAGACGGCAUGCCGCGGACACCAUACUGCUUUGUGCGGCAACCAGCGCCUGUGGUCGGGCACUGCAGUGGAAGCUUGCCUUACACCUGGCCGGAAGGACUGUUACUGCAUCGAAGCGGGACUUUGGCAUUGAUCCGAAAGCUGUAGCGACACUCAAUGCAGCCAUGACUGCCUUUGGUGACAAUUGGGAGAUGGCCUUGCAGCUUUUGGCCAGAAUCCAAUACUUGGGGAUGCAGCCUGACAUCAUAUCCUACGGUGCCACGAUGCAGAGUUGCGAUCGUGCUUCGCAGUGGAUGAAGGCCAAUGCAUUGCUUGCGACAGCCGUCAAGUCUGUUCGGCCAAGUGUUGUUGCCUUUGGGGCAGCUGCGAGCGCAUGUGCAAAGGGGCAGGUCUGGCACAAGGCAAUGGAAUUGCUGACAAGGUCACACCUUUCCGGUCUCGGAGAGGAGGCGCCACUUUGCGGAGCUGUCUUAUCCUCCUGCGAGAAAGCUGCAGCAUGGAGCAGGGCUUUGAAUCUCUUGUAUACGAGAGCCGAUGGUCCCCUUCGUCCGAACGUGCUGAUGUUCAGUGCCGUUAUCUCUGCUUGUGAAAAGGCCCAUCGGUGGCAAAUGGCCCUCUGGCUCUUGUCAAACAUGUGGGCAGCCGGACCUCGUCCGGACAUCGUGGCCGUAAAUGCAUGCCUUUCAGCCUGCGAGAAGUGUGGAAGAUGGGAGCAGGCGUUCGUACUCUGCGAAGAAGCCAGAGCGAGGCUCUUAUUCUUGAACACGAUCAGCUACAACUCGCUCCUGAGCGCAUUGGCUGUCGGGCAAAGUUGGCACACUUCGCGGGAGCUUCAUCUUGUCGAAGAGAUGAAGUCUGCUGCUGUAAUCCCUGACAUCAUCACUUACAAUUCGCUCAUGGCCGGGUGCACUCGCCGUAAAGACUGGGAACGCAUGCUGACCUAUUUUUUGGAGAUGCGGGAAACUGCACUGAAGCCCGAUCCGUUCAGCUACGGUGCAGCACUUGCUGUUUGUGAUCAGGCAGAAAACUGGCAGCUGGCGCUUGUGCUGCUGGCAUGGAUGCAGGUGGACGCGGUUCACAGCAACACGUGCAUUUGCAACUCAGCACUGGGUGCCUGCGCGAAGGCGGGCAAGUGGCAACUGUCCCUGCAGCUUCUGUCAGAGUUGAUGCACAUGGGGGCACAAGUGUGCCCUGACCAAGUGUCUUUCAACUGCGUUUUGAGGGCGUGCAGCUCUCGACACAUGUGGGAAGCUUCGCUUUUGGUCGCCGCGAAGAUGCAAGAGAUCGCGGAGCCAGAUCCGAAAUCCUUCAACGCUGUGUGUGAGGCGGCAGAGAUGGCAUUGCAGGUCAGGCGAGUGCCGGAGUUUCUUGCAGCAUGCAGCACAGAGGCCGUUCAGAUUCUGAUGUGA